AUUUCCGCUAUAAACUCCCCUCUUCCUUCCUCACUAAUUCCUCGUUCUUCCCCCACACAGCCUUUUGAAAGCAGCUCCAAUGGAGAGAAAAGAAGCCGCAAAGAAUCAACUUUCCUCCGCAGAAUCUGAAUUCGAGGACUUGCUUCCGGUUAUGGCGGAGAAGCUGGACGUGGAGGCGUUUGUUUCAGAACUGUGUGCAGGCUUCAAGCUUCUAUCGGAUCCGGAAAUGGGACUGAUCACAGGGGAGAGUCUGAGGAGGAACGCUGCACUUCUGGGGAUGGAAGGGAUGAACAGAGAAGAAGCAGAGGAGAUGAUAAGGCAGGGAGAUCUGGACGGAGAUGGGAAGCUGGAUGAGACUGAGUUUUGUAUUCUGAUGGUCAGGCUUAGCCCUGGCAUGAUGCAGCAUGCUGAGGCCUGGCUUGAGAAAGCUCUUCACCAACAACUCUCCAAGUCUGAAUCUUAAUUACACACUCUUCUUCUAUUUUUGUCAAUCAAUUGUAAGUCCUGUAAUAUCUUUCCAACUUUAAACUUUGAUGAUGGAGAUGCAAACAGUCUUGUCUUGUAACAGAAUUUUAUUUUAUUUCAAUUCACUCCUUCCAUCAAUUAAUACUCA